GUAGAGGGUAAGUUUAAUUAGGGCAAGAGUCAUGUGCACACAUGAAUAGUGGCUAUUUCUCAAUCUGCAUACACGCCCUGGUUGAAAGAACUUUCAGUUUCAGUAGAUGCGGAUGGUAGGAGAGGAAAGCCAUGGCUGACAACAUCCUCAGGGCAAAAAGGAAACAAUUCAUCCGUUCAGUGGGUGCAGGGACAAUAAAUGGCUUGCUGGAUGAACUUUUGGAGAAGAAUGUGCUGAACCAGGAAGAGAUGGAGAGAAUAAAAUGUAUAAAUGCCACUGUCAUGGACAAGGCAAGGGACCUGUGUGAUUCUGUCACUAAAAAGGGGCCUCUAGCAAGCCAAAUCUGUAUCACUUACAUUUGUAAAGAAGACUGCUACCUGGCGGGAGUUCUGGAGCUGGAAUCCGGUCCACCAGCUGAAAAUUCCAUGAGAACGGAUGAUUUCCAGGGAGGAUAUCCUUCUUCCUCAGAAACAAAGGAAGAACAGAAAAAAGAAGGCGGCACAUGUCCAGGACCAAGUGGGAGCCUGAAGUUAUGCUCCUUAGAAACAGCCCAAAAGAUACGGAAAGAGAAUCCUUCAGAGAUUUACCCUAUAAUGGAUACAUCCACGCGUACACGUCUUGCUCUCAUUAUCUGCAACACAGAGUUUGAAUAUCUUCCAAGGAGGGACGGAGCUGAUGUGGAUCUCAGAGAAAUGAGGUCGCUACUGCAGGAUCUGGGAUAUACUGUGAAAGAAAAGGAAAACCUCACAGCUCUGGAGAUGGCUAAUGCAGUGAAGGAAUUUGCUGACUGCCCAGAGCACAAGACUUCUGACAGUACUUUUCUUGUAUUCAUGUCCCAUGGUAUCCAGGAAGGAAUAUGUGGGAAGUCAUAUUCCGAUAAAGUAGCAGAUGUUUUAAAAGUUGACACUAUCUUUCGAAUGUUGAACACUUUGAAGUGCCCAAGCUUGAAAGACAAGCCAAAAGUUAUCAUCAUUCAGGCCUGCCGUGGAGAGAACCGAGGAGUGGUAUUAGUGAAAGAUUCAGUAGAAGACACUGGAAAGAAAUUCUUAGUGGAUGCAGAUUUGGAAGAUGAUGGCAUUAAGAAAGCGCACAUAGAGAAGGAUUUUAUUGCUUUCUGCUCUUCAACACCAGACAAUGUUUCUUGGAGACAUCCUCUCAAGGGCUCUCUUUUCAUUGUGGAACUCAUCAAGCAAAUGAAAGAAUAUGCAUGGUCUUGUGACUUGGAGGACAUUUUCAGAAAGGUUCGAUUUUCAUUUGAACAACCAAGUUAUAGUUUACAGAUGCCCACCACUGAAAGGGUGACUUUGACAAAACGUUUCUACCUCUUCCCAGGACAUUAAAACAAAGAAGCCAAGAGUUCCAUUAUUCUGUACCUGUUUUAGGAAUCAUGCCAAUUAGAAGUGACAUUUCUCUGAAUGAUGCAAUAAGUCUCCAACGACCCUGAAAGACUAUCCUGUUUGUUGUUGCUGUUGGGUUUCCCUUUAUUUGAACUGAUGCUCAGAACACAAUAUGAGGAACAUAUCUUUUUUUUAUUGAAUUCAUUCUUUGAAAGUGCAACUUGAUUACGAUGACCUUACACCCUCUUUGGUUUUAUUCUAUCCUUAUAAUUACUCUCCUCUCUAAAAUUCCCUUUCAUACACCAAUGAGUCUUUUGUUUUUUUUAGACACAUCUAGUAUAACCUUGAUCAUCAGUGCAGCCAUGAGAAGGGACUGUCUAUUGGAGUCAGGUAGAUUCCUAAAUAGAUACACAACUGCAGGCAGUUAAUUCCUCCUUUCCGAGAGACCAUUGGUAGCCAGAGUGUCAACAGAGUUCUUAGACUUGGCUCUUAAUUCUGACCUGGUUGGGCACCACUAACUAUUUUAAGAUAUCAUUUGCUUAUAUUUCUCUAUGCACAAAUAAACUUGAUAUCUUCACCACAGGUGUCUGAAUUCCACAAAUUUAGAGCUUGGCAAAAUAGAUUUAGGAGACAGAACUGGAACAGUGACAGUCAAAAUGAUAAGUGACAUCUCAAAAUGAAGUGCAUGCUUGCUACUGUUGAAGCUUUGAACAAAACACAACAAUUUUCACAUGCUGCUGUAUUUCAGAAUUUCAAAGAAAAUAUUGAUUCAUCCCAUAACCUUAAAAUUUCACACUUCCAUUGAGAAGAGAAAACAGUUAGCACCCCUAACAAAUAUGGGACAAUUAGCAUGCACACAUGACACUGAACAGUUAUCACUUAGCCUUUUACUCAGCAGGAUUGAUUAGGUUCAGGAAGAGGAGAGACAAGGGCACUCCACAUGCCCCUUUCCAAUGCAUCCUGUCUAAGCAAACUUUCCCUGUAUUCUCCAAGUUGGUCACAUUAUAAUCUUUGUAUGUUGUCCAUUGUCUAACCAUGUCCCAGAUAUACCUGUUUGCUGAAAUCAUGUGACCAAGUAUGCAUUCUACAUGAGACUGCUUCUAUGAGGGAGGAGCAGUCUAUGUUCAGAUGACAUCACACUCAGUGGUAAUCAGUCACUCUCAGCAAAAAUUUAUACAUAAAGACAGUCUUGUGCAGUAAAUUAAAUGCAUUCCUACCCUA